AAAUAACUAAAAAUUUAAAACCAUAGAGCUAAAGUGCAAUUUACCUAAAACUGAUUGCUAUUGGGCGAAAGUGUGAACCCAAUCAUCUCCUACCCCAACCCAAGUGUAAGAGUCAGCCACAAAUGGCCGCACCUCUCUCUCCUCUUUCUCUCUCCUUAGUUUACAAGCUCAGGCCUCUCUAUUUGUUCACCGCCCACGAGCCAUUUUCUCCUCUCCGCUCUCCAUCACUUUCACUUCCACACUCACCAAGAUGGUGUAAUCUCAAUCCACCCGAUGCAUUCACCCCUACAACCACCAAAAGAUGGAAAAUCUCCGCCGCCAACUAUGAUUUCUUGCUUGCAGAAGCAAGCCCAGCUGAGAGUUCUCAAGCAAUAGUUUCGACUAGCGACGAUGGUGUCUCGACUAUUAUAUCAGUUCUCCUUCUCAUCGCGUUUAUCGGUUUAACCAUUUUCAUCGUAGGGGUUAUCUACAUAGCUGUGACGGACUUCAUGCAGAAGAGGGAGGGAGAGAAGUAUAAGAACGAAGAAGCUGAGAGGAAGAAGAAGGGUGGUAAGAAAGGGAAAGUUAGAGCCAGAGCUAGAGAUGGACCUAGAGGUUUUGGGCAGAAGAUCCAACAAGAUGAUGAUGAUGAUUUUGAUCUUGAUUAAGCAAUACUGCUAAUUAAAGUUGUGCACUGAGAAUUUCAUGACAUUUGCAGCUUUGUUUGUGAAGGAGGAAUAUCUGCAUUUUUUGGGAAAUGUUAUUUACUGCUUUCUAUGAUUA